AAACAAGAAAUAUUUUACUUCUACAGAGGCACAGGGAGGAGCAGAAACAAGGCUGUAGUUUUCCUGGAACUAGCAUAUUUCUACAAUAACUGGACGUUUUCAUCUGCGUUUCAUAAUGCACACAAAUACUUCAUAAUUCAGACUGUAAACGCACUUGAUGCACCCCAACAAAUUUUAAAACAUCUCCAUAAACGUAUACGCGGAUUGAAGAGGGUGUAUUCUGUGGAGGAGUGUGAUGUCAUCCUGGAUUUCUGCCCCAUUGUGUCACGAGCAGGAACUGACAUGGAAGCUGCGCUGAUUGGACUUAAUAGGUGUUCAGCAUCCAAACCAGCUGUGUUCAUGGUUCUCCAUCACACUUUUGAACGAGAGAAAAUUGUACCCGACAGCAGCAGAUUUGUAAACAGGGAAAAUACGCUUACAGUGAACUUUCUCUUCUAUGAAGAUGUUGGGUUACUGAAAUGUGCCAUUAAUGAUGAUGCACUGACCAAAGUUAUUGAGCAUGUCAAAGCUCAGUUCUUUCCUCAGAAUCAAUUUCAUUACAAAGUUCUGCUGAAAAAAAUGUUUUGGACUGUGCUGGGAAUUGCUGCUGUAUAUGGAAUUACGUGCUAUUUGUACAGUACUAGAACAGGUCCCAGGGAUUACCACAAACUUCCGUGAAUUCAGAGAACUACGAGGUCAGAUGUGACAAAAAUUAAAAUCUAUCGAUUUAUGGAUCAAAUUAGCUGUAAAAUAAGCAUGUUUCCAUUAUCAUAUAUCAUCAUAAUGAAUGUGUGCUGUGGUUAAGCCUGUAAUAAUAUAGAUGCAGUAUUAAAAUUGUUGUUUUGGUACAGCCAUGUAGACAUACAGUAUAUAAAUAGCCAAUGUUUUCGCAGGGGAUCAUUUUGUGGAAGCCUUGUUUUAGGUAUCUGCCCUUGUAACGUAACUCAAGCAGGUGAUUUUCUGAAUGAUUAAGUGAAUCUUGAUUGUGAAAUUAUUGGUCACAAUUAUUGUGCCUGCAUGGUUUCAGAUACUGAUGAAUCUAAAUAUCAAUCAAAACAAAUAAAUCAUUGUGUAUCCUUGAAUAUGAAUGUUUUAUUUUGUAGGCUUUUAUAUCUCAAUAUGAGAUAAAAUGUCAUAAAUAUAGGUUAGAAGUCCAAAUUGUACUGUUUGUCUUACCGACUGUCAGUGAUGCAAAUUGUACAUUAUGUGCUUUUCACUGUAUAAAUUUCGACAUAUUCAAUUAUAGUUUAGCGACAUCUACUGGCUAUUCAACACACUCACGAUAUGGUAAAGACCAUAGCAGUGUUUCUCUCUUUUCAUUAUGGCAUUGAUUUUGUGUUGUACUAAUAAAAGAGGUUCAUUUUUGUGUUUAAAAUGAGCUUUCCUUACACCUAAACACAAAGUUGUUUGUUAU